GAGAGGGCGGCGGCGACAGUGUAGCGCUCUCAGGUCAGACACCGAGACAUCACUGUGAGAGCGGUGGGACAGCGGCGCUGCGAUGAGCGGAAGGGUCGGCGGUCUGAGCCCCAAACAGACUGAGAGUCUGGGAAAGUUCCGGAACAGCAUCCAGGAUAUUUUGCCGUGUCUCCCUGCUCAGGAUGACCAUUACCUUCUGCGUUGGCUCCGAGCCAGAUCCUUUAACCUGCAGAAAGCAGAGGCGAUGAUUCGCAAGCACCUGGAGUUCAGGAAGCAGAUGAAAGCUGACACACUGACAAAGGAGUGGGACCCCCCUGAGGUCCUCAUCCGCUAUUUCGCGGGCGGGAUGUGCGGUUACGACAAGGAGGGCAGCCCCAUCUGGUACGACGUGAUCGGCCCGCUGGACCCGAAAGGGUUAAUGUACUCGGUGUCCAAGCAGGACUUCCUGAAGACAAAGAUCCGGGACUGCGAGCGGCUGAGAGAGGAGUGCGUGAAGCAGAGCGUCGCGCACAGCACAAACAUUGAGGCCAUCAUAAUGAUCUACGACUGUGAGAAUCUGGGGCUCAAACAUUUAUGGAAACCUGCAGUCGAACUGUACGGAGAAGUCCUGACUAUGUUUGAAGAUAACUACCCCGAGGGUCUGAAGAAACUGUUUGUUAUCAAAGCACCAAUGAUUUUCCCCGUGGCCUACAACCUGAUAAAGCAUUUCCUCAGUGAGGACACUCGCAACAAGAUUCAGGUCCUGGGAGGGAAUUGGAAAGAAAUCCUUUUACAGAACAUCGAUGCGGCAGAGCUCCCAGUUUAUUACGGUGGGACGCUGACAGAUCCCGACGGAAACCCAAAGUGCACAUGCAAGAUUAAUUACGGAGGUGACGUCCCUAAGACUUAUUACAUCCGAGACUCGAUCAAGCAGCAAUACGAAAGCACAGUCACGGUUAACAGAGGCUCCUCACUGCAGUUAGAGUACGAGUUGCUGUUCCCAGGCUGCGUCCUGAGGUGGCAGUUCAUGACGGAGAGUGCGGACGUGGGCUUCGGGGUGUUUAUGAAGACUAAAUCGGGGGAACGGCAGAAGGCGGGUGACAUGGUGGAGGUGGUGCCCAACCAGCGAUACAACAGCCACCUGGUGCCGGAGGACGGGAGCCUGACCUGCCGCGAGCCGGGAGUCUACGUCCUCCGGUUCGACAAUACCUAUAGUUUCAUCCAUUCCAAGAGAAUCAGCUACUCGGUGGAGGUUCUGCUCCCAGAUCAGGGGUCCGAGGCCCACAUGAACGGCCUGGGGGACAGGACACCACAAGACCCCAGCCUCGGCCACAAGCAAUAACCAGCGGAGCGACCUUCAAAUCCCAGGGAGCGGCGGGCGAUAUAUCCUUUCUGCACAGAUAUCGUCUGCCUUUGGUGCCUUGUGUGAAGGACUGACUGUGGACAUGGCUGGGUGGUGGUGGGGGGGAAAUGGAGAAACCCAUGGACAGAGCGAACCAAAUCCGCUCCGAAGAGCAGCAGAAGACCCCACACCUUGGUCAAGCCAAACAGGAGAA